GCCCUUCCUCCAUCCUCUGGUGCCCCGCCCCAUUCUUUACUCUAACGAUGAAGGUUUCUCGUAUAUGGGCCGCCCUCCUUGGCGCUAUUGCUGCUCAUGCUGCCAUCGUCCCGACCACGACCACGAAGAGGACUUCGAGCCCCUUCGUAUCCUCGGAGGGUUCAGAGUUUGUGGUCAACGGCACGAACUUCAAGUACAUAGGGACGAAUGCCUACUGGCUUCCUACCCUCCAAGAUGAUGAGAUCUCGACCACGCUGGCGAAGAUGGCCGCUACCGGCAUCAAAGUCGUCAGAUUAUGGGCGUUCAAUGACGUCGACGCCGUCCCUAGUAAUGGUACAUAUUUCCAGGUCAUCCAGGAUGGGAAGACAUCAAUCAACGAAGGACCGAACGGUCUCCAAAGGCUCGACAAAGUGAUCGAGUUGGCCGAGCAGCAGGGGCUCUACGUGUUGCUCUCGCUGACCAACAACUUCUUCCCUAAUGUUGCCAAGACUUCUACUAAACGUGGCGAAAGUCAAUCCCUUCCCCGCAACUACCUCUCGAAUGACUAUGGCGGUAUGGAUCUUUACGUCCGCGAGUUUGGUGCGAAGCAUCACGAUGACUUCUUCACCGAGGAGAAGAUUAUCAGCGCAUUCCAAAAUUAUACCUCGCACAUCGUCUCUCGCUACGCCGACAAGCCCUCGGUGUUCAGCUGGGAGAUUGCCAACGGGCCCAGCUGCAAUUCCACGCUUCCGUCAAGCGGAUCUUGCCAGACCACGACUGUUACGAAGUGGCACGCCACCAUGGCGUCUCACAUCAAGUCCGUAGACCCUAACCAUCUCGUCUCAGCUGGAACCUCGGGCGGUCAAUGUCUCCAGUGCACAAAACUUUUCCCUCUCAGCGCGCCGUCGCCACAGCCGUCACCUUCUGUGAAGAGGAGAAAUGUCAAACAGCUCACCAAGAAGCAGCUCCUCAAGGACAGAUCUGAGGCGCGCCGUAACAAUCGCAAGAGGGCCAUCGAAGAAGGUACUUUGGCAAAGGACGGUGUGCAGAUCAGAGGCCGUUGGGUAUCAACUGCUGCGAAGCGUCAGUCCAGUCCGGAAGUCGGUCAACAGUUCGAUGGUUCUACUGGCGUCGACAGCCAAGACAUCAUGAACAUCCCCGAUGUCGGUUUCGGCAGCUUCCAGCUUUUCCCUGACCAGAACAACUACGCUGCUGAUGAUACUACGUCUACCUCAAGUUCCGACUCGUUUGCGAACACCGUAAACACCGGCGUCGAUUGGAUCAACAACCAGGCGCAGCUUGGUGGAGCUGUUGGAAAGCCGACGAUCAUCACUGGCUUUGGUUUGGUCACCCAAGGCAAUGCACCGAACUUUGUACCCUUCAAUAGUUCGAGUUCGACAGAUGCCUCGUCAAAUGCCUCCUCCGACGGCGUCUCGAACGAUCAACAGGAUUCUGCAUAUACUACAUGGGUCAAUACCGGCGUCGCUCAGGGUGUGAAUGGCAUCAUGCAGUAUCAGUGGGGUCAAAGCAACGUCCAAACACCCAACGACGGUUAUUCCAGUUCGUCCAACGAUGGUGUCCAGACGGUCUUGCAAAAUGCCGCGCAGGGCAUCGCCGCGGACAACUAAACAAUUAUUUUCUUCUUUUGACUGCAUUAAUGGCUACGGGGUUUCUGAUAUGGACAGACAAUGAUUAAUUGAUUUCUUGUAUAAGGUCACUGGUAUGGUGACCGUCAUGGACGAUUAGAUUUUACGCUACUAUCACAAAAAUUGAUGCUUACGCCUCCCUCAAGACAACAUUAUCUCCGCUCACUGAAUGACAUUUGUAUGAUAG